UGGAGUGAAAGACAGCUUGGAUACCCAGGUCGUAGUCAGAUUGUUCUCUGUUGUUUUUUCAGAAAACCAGGAAUUGAAAAUCAUGGCUGGGAAGCCCAAACUUUAUUACUUCAAUGGAAGAGGCAGAAUGGAAUCAGUGCGCUGGCUCCUGGCAGCUGCUGGUGUGGAGUAUGAAGAAGUAUUUUUAGAAACACCUGAAGAUUUUGAGAAUUUAAUUAAGGGUGGAAAGCUAAUGUAUCAACAAGUGCCAAUGGUAGAAAUGGAUGGAAUGUAUAUUGUACAAUCCAGAGCUAUCCUGAAAUACAUAGCUGCAAAAUACAACUUGUAUGGAAAGGACCUGAAGGAGAGAGCAUUUAUUGACAUGUAUGUGGAAGGGAUGAGGGAUCUGAAUGAAAUGAUUCUGUACUUUCCAUUUUCUUUGCCUGAAGAAAAACAAAAGAAUUUCAACUACAUCAUUGAGAGAAUCACUGAAAGAUUCUUCCCAGUGUAUGAGAAGGCAUUAAAGACCAUGGGAAAAAUUAUCUUGUUGGCAACCAGUUCAGCUGGGCAGAUGUACAGCUAUUUGAAAUCAUCCUACUGACUGAAGAACUCAAGUCUGGAAUUCUCUCUGCAUUCCCUAAGCUGCAGGAGUUUAAAGCUAGAGUCAGCAAGCUCCCAGGAUCCAGAAAUUCCUUCAGCCUGGUAGUCCAAGAAAGCCACCACCAGUUCCUGAAAAUAUAAAAGCUUCAAUGGAGUUCUUCAAGAUUGAUUCAAACUUGGUUUUUAAACACAUGAGCUGAAUAUUACAAGAGU